UUGACCCAAGGCCCCCGAAUCUCAAGGAUUUACACAAGUGAUACUAAGCUCCUCAGGGAAAAAGAGCAAGGCAGCUGGACGGCGGCCCAGAGCAAGCUUUUCCGCGCCAUGUCCCCAUAUUUUGCGCAGAGGAGCAGGGGCUCCCAAAUGAGAAAAAUAAAAUUUGGAACCUCCAUUAACACCUACAUGGAGGAAUAUGCUGCAUAUAUUUUCUGCCCUCAGGGCACUGUAAAAAUGCAGCAAAAUGCAGUGACAAAGAGCAGCCGGGCAAAGGUGCUCGUGAAAUUUCUUUGCCUCGGCUGCCCGUCACUUCAACUGUGGGACUGGAGGUUCCUAUUCAACGUGCCCUUGCUCAAGUUCUACCCCACACUCCUGAGGAAUGUUGGCCUGGCCCCAACGACAGUGGCACUGUAUUUGGGCCAGGCCAUCUCCUUUAUGGAGUUCUUUCGUGAUACACCCCCAAAACAUUCAAGGUUAAAGGGAGGAGAACAGACCCUGCUGAUCCGGGAAAUCCGCAAGUUAUACAGGGAUGUGGGUCGCAACCUACUUGGACACCAGCUGCUGGUCAAGCAGACCAAACAGCAGCGGCUGGUGUCCAAGGAAGACCUGAUUGCCUGCCAGUCCCUGGCAAAGAUGAAGAUGUCCAAACUCCUCGAGGACAUUGCAAAUGCGCCACCCCGGGACCCUAAGACGAGGUACCGCUUCUUCGGGUACCUGGCGGCCUACCUGUCCUCAAUAUAUGGACACCGGUCGGGUGUGCUGACCAAGAUGAGGGCGAAGGAGGUCAGGGAGGCCGUCGGGGAACCAAAAGCAGGGUACCUCAUUAAUGUCUUGGACCACAAAACAGUACGGAAGUUCGGGGUGGCGCAAAUAUAUCUGGAGCCUGAGGAGCACUCUUGGUGCGUGGAGUGGCUCCGUCUCCACAAGAGAUCUGUACCGACUAACGGGUACUUUUUCUCAUCCCUUGGCCGGGGUGAGGCGAAGGACAUUGUGAAAUAUUUCCGGGCGGCAUGGGCGGAGAUGGGCCUCCACGGAACACCCUCCCUAAUGGACAUGAGGUCGGCGGUGUCCACCUAUAAUUUUGAAUCCAAUGACGCCGAGGUCCGGGACCAAGUGGCCACAUUUAUGUGCCACAGCGUCAAAACGCAGGAGAGAUUCUAUGCAUUGCAUAACACCCUUAAGCGGGCAAAGCAGAUGAGAGAGCUGUUCGUCAGUCUCUCACUGAGACGGGGCGAAGCAGCUCUCUCAUCUGCUUCCGCCGACCUCGCCAUACCAGUGGAGGAGUCCGAGGGAGUGACGCCACAGAAGAAACGAGCCACCUCUCAGCUGCUGGCAAGGAAAAUUAAGGGGAAGCUGGGGAUCAGCCCACGGAAAAAGUAUCCUCUAAGGAUAGAUAAGGAAAGCUGUCGCUCGGGUCGAUUCGGGGCGCCGCACCCGGGCCGGCCAGCAGGUGGCAAAGGACGCGGAGCGAGUGCAGGGGGGAGGCUAUCCCCGAUCGGCCCGGGGACCCCGUUUCUCCAACUACUGCCACCAACUACUCUGGGCAUCAUAAAUUGACCCAAGGCCCCCGAAUCUCAAGGAUUUACACAAGUGAUACUAAGCUCCUCAGGGUGAGGUUAUGCGGGCACUGGGGGUGGUCUUGGUGGGUCUUACCAACCUUUUCAGAUGAAGACUUGUCGUCUGACGCGUUGGUUAUCAAAUAAUGUGCACAUACACCUGGAAACAAGGAAAUGAGGGAAGUUGUGUUUUCAGCGCAUUUUGGUUAGCCUGUGUGAUCUUAGAGCCUCUGAGAAAAUCCAGAGGCUGUGAUAUCACACAGGCUGUAAGCCUCCACGCCACGUCACGGCAGUGCCCAUGUGGAGGUAAAAAUAAAAAAAAAAAAAUAAAAAAUGGAACCA